AUGGCGUCUUUUGUUGAAGUCUGUAGGUAUAAUCCCAAUAAGCCUGUACCGGUUUAUUCGACUUCUCUCCCCUGUGUAUGUCCCUGCCGUGUAUCCACUAGAAAAGCCCUAAUUCUCCCGCAUUUCUCCGAAUACUCGAGCCUACGAAUCGUCCGUGAUGUCAAACCCAAACCAUUGUUUCGUUCCCGCGCUGGUCGGAUUUCUUUUAAACGGCGUUUCCUCACGGCCGUUGCUCGAGCUGAAUCAGACCAGCUUGGUGAUGACCACUCAAAGGGAGAUGACGGAACAAUCCAAAAUGUGGAAGAGAAGCAGAGGAAAUCAAGCCAGCUUAAGAAAAGAGUCAUCUUUGGUGUUGGCAUUGGAUUACCAGUGGGAGGUGUUGUGUUAGCUGGAGGAUGGGUUUUCACUGUAGCCUUAGCAGCUUCUGUGUUCAUCGGUUCACGCGAAUACUUCGACCUCGUUAGAAGUAGAGGCAUAGCUAAAGGGAUGACACCUCCUCCACGAUACGUAUCUCGAGCUUGCUCCGUUAUAUGCUCCCUUAUGCCCAUCCUUACACUGUACUAUGGUAACAUUGAUAUAUCGGUGACAUGCGCAGCGUUUGUUGUUGCAAUGGCAUUGUUAGUACAGAGAGAAAGCCCUCGUUUUGCUCAGCUGAGUAGUACAAUGUUUGGGUUGUUCUACUGUGGUUAUCUCCCUUGUUUCUGGGUUAAGCUUCGCUGUGGUUUAGCUGCUCCUUCGCUUAACACUGGUAUCGGAAGGACAUGGCCGAUUCUUCUUGGUGGGCAAGCUCACUGGACAGUUGGACUUGUGGCAACGUUGAUUUCAUUCAGCGGUGUGAUUGCGACUGACACGUUUGCUUUUCUCGGUGGGAAGGCUUUUGGUAGGACGCCUCUUACUAGUAUCAGUCCCAAGAAGACAUGGGAAGGGACUUUUACAGGACUUGUUGGUUGUAUAGCCAUUACCAUUCUUCUCUCUAAAUCUCUCUCUUGGCCUCAAUCUCUCUUCAGCUCAAUAGCUUUUGGGUUUCUUACCUUCUUCGGUUCAGUCUUUGGUGAUCUUACUGAAUCAAUGAUCAAACGUGAUGCCGGCGUCAAAGACUCUGGCUCGCUUAUCCCUGGACAUGGUGGAAUAUUGGAUAGAGUCGAUAGUUACAUUUUCACGGGAGCUUUAGCUUACUCAUUCAUCAAAACAUCACUAAGACUUUACGGAGUUUGA